CCCCCCCUCUUCCGUCCCACACGGCAGAAGGCAACUGAGGACGCGGGAUUUUUUUGUCGAGUUUCGGCAGCGGCUAAAACGUCGCUCCUCGCAAUUGAAAAUUAAAACCGAUUCAGCCGCUUGCAAUGCUCAAAUCGGGCGUUAGGCUCGGUCUCUGGACGGCGAAGCGACCGGCCGUAGCAAAAAUCUAUCUUGCCCGGGACCCCGGGUCGGGCCUACGGUGCUACGCGCGGCUCCUGCGGGAAGAGGCGCACGUCGGCGGGCAGUGGGUUCCAUCCGACGGCGGCGCCUCGUUCGAGGUGGACGACCCGGCCACGGGGCGACGCGUGGCGCGGGUGGCGGACUGCGGAGUCGUGGAGGCGACGCGGGCCGUGGAGGCGGCGCACACGGCGUUCCACACGUGGAAGAAAACCACGGCCAAGGAGCGAGGGGCUCUGCUCAAGAGAUGGUACGAGGUCAUCCUGCAGAACCGCCAAGAGCUGGCCCAGCUCAUCACAGCUGAGAGCGGCAAGCCACAGCAGGAGUCUCUGGGGGAGGUGUCGUAUGGCGCGGCAUUCCUCGAGUGGUUCGGCGAGGAGGCGCGACGCGCAUACGGACAGAUCAUCCCCUCGGCUGCGCCCGACCGCCGCAUGUUCUCCAUGUACCAGCCCGUCGGUGUCGCCGCCAUGAUCACUCCAUGGAACUUUCCCGUGGCGAUGAUCACACGGAAGGUGGGAGCUGCGCUCGCCGCGGGCUGCACGGCCGUGGUGAAGCCAGCGGAGGACACGCCGCUCAGCGCCCUCGCGCUCGCACAGCUAGCCGUGGAGGCCGGGUUGCCCCCGGGCGUGCUCAACGUGGUGCCUUGCUCGCGGGCCAACGUGGCGGCCUUGGGCGAGCUCCUGUGCACCCACCCCUCCGUCUCCAAGAUCUCCUUCACGGGCUCCACCGCCACCGGCAAGGUGCUGAUGGCGCAUGCCGUGGGCACGGUGAAGCGCGUGUCCAUGGAGCUGGGCGGACACGCACCGUUCAUCGUCUUUGAGAGCGCCGAUCUGGACGCAGCCGUGCGCGGCCUCCUCUCCUCCAAGUUCCGCUUCUCCGGACAGACGUGCGUGUGCCCUAAUCGCAUGCUGGUGCAGGAGAGCGUGCACGACGCGUUUGUGUCGCGCCUCGCCCAUGCUGUGUCGACGCAGCUCCGCGUGGGGCCCGGCGCGGACACGGGGAACACGCUGGGGCCACUCAUCAACGAGCACGCCCUCGAGAAGGUGGAGCGGCAUGUGGUGGAUGCUGUGUCGCAGGGCGCGCGUGUCGUCGUGGGCGGUGCGCGCCACGCGCUCGGGGGAAGCUUCUUCCAGCCGACGGUGCUCGCCGACGUUACUCCCAACAUGCUGUGCGCUCGCGAGGAGACCUUCGGGCCCCUGGCUCCCAUCAUCAAGUUCAAGACUGAAGAGGAGGCGAUUGCUCUUGCAAAUUCCACAGCCAUGGGGCUGGCUGGCUACUUCUUCUCGCGGGACGUGGCGCAGGUGUGGCGCGUGAGCGAGGCCCUCGAAGUGGGCAUGGUGGGCGCCAAUGAGGGCCUCCUGUCAGCCGUCGAGGCCCCGUUUGGCGGCAUCAAGCAGUCGGGCCUGGGCCGCGAGGGUGCCCAGCAGGGCAUGCUGGAGUACAUGCACGUCAAGUACGUGUGCCUCGGCGGCCUGGGCGGGCGCCUCUAGAGAGAGAGAGGGGGUAGGGGACAGGGUGGAGGAGAGGGCGAGAGGGCGAGAGGAAGGAGGAGGGGAAAGAGCGGUGGAAGCAAGGGUGCCACGGUGGUGCGUUGUUAACUCCCUCGCCUGGUAUGCAGGAGGACGCGAGUUUGAUGUUGACCCCGAUGAUGCCUGUAUAUUUAUAGUUUGCGGUGUCUCUCCCUCUCCCCGUGGCCGCAUGGAUUUUGCUCUGGGUCUAUCCGUUUUUUUCCCCCUCCACAUUUAGAAUUAAUGUGCAUUUAGAGUAUUCGGUUCCUAUACAUUUCCACGCGAUAAGCCACUUGGUUGAACGAUCAUUUGUUACCAGGCUGCUUCUGACAAACUGCAGUGCGCCUUACCUGGUGGUUGUGGUUCUGGCCACACCUCCCCGUUGUUCACAGUAUUGGGAGAGAGAAGGGGAGGAGGAGGAGAAGCCGAGAGAGAAGAGAGAUUGAGUCGGUUGAUCAAACUUUACGUAUUUAACAUUGCACCCUUCUCAAUGAAAUUGUCACAGAUCGAUUCACAUCUAAUUUAACAACAUUACAUCGAUACAAUUUUAGUUAUGCAAAACAAUAAGUAGUACACAUAUUAGUUCAAAAUAUAAAAGAGAUUAUAAAUACGUCUUUAGCCCGAUUUUAAAAACUGCAACGCAUUCCUGAUCCAGAUUCAUGGUGCACUCCACGUGAACAGAAUUCCGACCAGCAUGCUGCAAUAUUGAACACCUUACACGCUGCAUCAUGAACAACCCUACACACUGCACCUUAAACGCCCUACACGCAGAGACUCGUGACCACAAAACUGGACUUGGACUACGAACCCAUAAACCUCAAUUAACAACCCAAUAAGCUCACUGCCAACCAAAAAACCCAGACUCGGAACUUAACGAACCCGGACUAGGAACUCAACGAUCCCGGACUAGGAACUCGACAAACCCGGACUAGAAACUCGACAAACCCGGACUAGGAACUCGACAAACCCGGACUAGAAACUCGCAAACCCAGACUAGGACCUCGCUGAAUCCAGAUUAACGAACCUGGACUAUGUGCCCACUCCCAAACGCGGAAGCAGGGCCCACAAACCGACGACGAAGGAGUUGCGUCCCACCGAAUAGAUGGGUCUUCGGCAACCUUUUAAAUCUGCAUAAACUACCAGCCUCUCUGAUGUCAAUUGGGAGGCCAUUCCGCAACCUGGGAGCCGAACAAUGGAAUGAGCCCUCCCGAAAGUAACCCCUAAACCGAGGAACUGCAAAGAGGAUCUGUGUCCCGGAUCUGAGACUUGCGGUCUUAACACAUCGGUCCAAGAGUUCAGAGCUAAACCAGACGUACCCAACCGCGCUCAAUCGGAGGUGCGCCUGUCACGUCACCAAGGCCCAAGGCCACUUCACACAGAGUUGACGUGAAACGAAACGUUUUGCGCAAACAGACUUAAAAACGCUUAGAAAAUCAACGGACGUACGGAGAGAGACGGGAAGUGUACAUAAAGUACCUGUAAUCAUCGCGCAAUGGCGGGAUUGAAUCGAAAGGAUACGUUGUUAUUAUUAUACUGGUAGGAACGAAGUUGUAAACUGAGUGUACCAGCCUGCAAUAGAUUAAUGUGUCCGUCCGUCCGUCCGUCCCCUUUCAAUACUUUAACGAAGUGAAAUCUCGUGCUGUUGGGGUGUAAAAAUUGAAUUGCGCAAAAUUCCGACGUUCCUACCAGCCCACCCUGCAGUGACCUGUUAAUAUAGAAAUGGGCCUCAAGCCUUCAACGUCAAAAUAGCCAAUGUGGGCGAAGUGCUGCUGUGACGCGAUUGGGCAGGAGAGGCUUCCGCGGCCGUAGAGCGCCGACACAAAAAGGCCCAACCUCUCCUUUUCUUUUUAUUUUAUAUAUAUUUUUUUUAUAUUCCAAAAUCCGCAACAACACACAAACAUUCAACACGACUUCAUUUGGCCACUUGGUCGAUAAUCAUUCCGGACUACUUGGCACCGCCUCGUGGCGGGUGGCGGCCGCCCCUUCCAAGCGCGACCCCGGCUCAGAUCUGACGAGAUCGGGGGACUUGGUGGGGGGGGGGGCAGCGCAUUCUGAGCGGCUCGUCGGGCAUCGGCCGGGCAAGGCACGGCCGAGCGAAGCGGCGCUUUAACGGGGGCGCCGCGUUUUUUUUUUUUACAAAAUGAUCACAAUUGCCGUGCACAGCUGGUGAAUCUUUCGCACUUGUGCCAAUGCGAGUGAUUUACGAUGAUUGUAGGAUUAUUUUUUUGGAGAAUUCGGCCACUUGAUGAUCUGGCCAAAUCUGUGUCGUCAAGACCCUUCGCUCGGCCCUGACGGCGGCUCCUUGGCUGGCAUCUUCUCUGUCCUUCUCUGUUCUCUGCCGCCCUCUUCAUUUCCACAAAUGGAUCCCUUCCUUCGGCUCAUCCACAAUCCCAAUCUCUCCGGCAGUGUGCGACACUGGUCAUCCAGACCAGAACGCACAACGAAUAACAACGCAACGCCCGGUCCACAAAUAUGAAGGAGACGUCGCAGCGAUACACUCCGCUAACGCCUGGCGCGGUAUGUCUGGCGUGACCACCUGAAGGUGAUUUUGUAGUUGUUGCUCUGCAUCUACAUCUGCCAUAUGAACCUCGUGGCGGGACCCCGGAGUCCCCUAAGCCCCCUGCUCUCGCAUCAACUGCGUUGCGACGUCAUUUUAUGUCUGUUGAAGGCGAACGAUGCGGCAAUCUGUUUCUCUCGACGAGCUCUACACGAUGUGCUAAUCAAAAUUUCAAAGUUUUGUUUCUUCUGCGCAUUCGUCCCCGCCUGCCCCGCUUGGACGGUACGACAACAGAAUUGUCUGUACCAGGUGGGUCGCGGCGUUGAUGUGUGCGGUGGGACGGAGUCGCCAAAAAGAAACUAAUUACGAUUUUGACUUUUGUUUAUUCGGGACCCCGGGAUCCCACCAUAGGGCCCAUAUGAAAGAAGAAGAUAUUUAGCAUUUCCAUCUUGGAAUUUUCCCAUCAAAAACCAGGCGCAGCUGAACAUUGUCACAUGGUGUACGAGCAUUGCAACGUGCCAAAUAUCGCUUGAGCUCACUCACCGCCGGCACAUUGGGGAAUAAUCUUCACAACCACACGAAGCAAUGACGACGUGGUUGAGGAUACGAUGUUUCACUUGAAAAUUGCUCCGAAACAUCUUCAGGACAACCCACGAAGUUGGAAUGACCCGCUAAACCCUCGUACGCGUGAAAAUUGAUAUUUUGUUUGACUGUCGGGUGGUGGAGGGUCUUGACGACACAUGUUUGGCCGGAUCGUAGCGAGGUGCCCUAACACAGAAAAUAACUGUGAAUCUAACAUUGUGUUCUUAAACCAACGUGUUGAGUAAUUAAUGAUAUGUUUUAAGUGAUGAAUUAAUUGGUGUAAUUGUAUAUUAUUUUUUUACCUGCAUGGCUUUGUGAAUGUGUUCUGUACUCGGUGUGAGAUGAACCCCUCCCACCCAGGGCUGGAUUUAGGAUUUAGUUGGGAGGUCGGGUGGAGGGGGUAAUGAGCCAACACAGCAUAUUUGUCCAGACACCAAAAACUUAAACCGUUUUAAGUGUUUUUUUAU